UUCAUUUUACACAUCUGAUUUUAGCUUGUGUUACUUACGAAGACAUUAGUAAUUUACUGAACCUCUACUUUUAUGCCCACAAUACAGAACAAGAUUUUCAUUUCCAACGUAUGAAAAAGCGGUGUUUAAUCAGUAGCUCGCUCACUUAAAAUCCUCAAUACACCCCCAUUAAAUACUUCGUUGACUGCUUCAAACAAGAGAUGUAUAAUCUGUAAAAAUAAAAGAACUUCAGUAUUAAACUCAAGGUUCGUGGUCGUUGUCCCUUGUAUAUACUGCAUAAAGGUCUUACAUAAUAUAGUAGGUCAUGCAUUUAUAGUGCAGCAAUGUAACUUCUUCUUAUAGCUUGUAAUAAGCAAGCACAUGAAAGCUUAAAAUAUGAGACCUAGGGAAAUGAGUGCUGCACGAGAAUGGCAGUUGUAUACAUUGCUUCUGGUAGAAGUUGUAUGUCAAUAGUUUGUAACUAGAUUUACAACGCCCUACUUAACGGGUAUUAGAUUUUGGAAAGACAGCAAGGCGGUGAUUCACAAAGUAGAGAAGGAAGCAGAAAAUGCUUCUUCAGGAAUAAAGCACAAUCAUAUACCGAAGGAAGAUGGGGACAAAGUCCCCAGUGAUUAGUAAGACGAAAUUGUUGUUGGACUGGUUUCAUAUGGGGGCUGCAAAGGUAACGUUGAGAAUAAUGUGUGGGCCAAAAGAACAGGGACAUUCAGCGCCGCUGGAGGGACUUAUACUAUAGGAAUGCGACAACAGCCAGUGGAGGAGCAACCCGCGGGGUUAAUAUAAAGAUUUUCACCCGUUAACGAAAACAAAAAAGACUAGCCUGCUGAGGAUUAACAACCGUGUAGAGAACGAACAUGACAAAAAGAAAAAAAACUGCGCAAACGAUCCAGGGGGUUCACUCGAUGAAAGAUGUUAAGUCCUCGAUGUUCUAAUUUAAGAAACCAUCUGUUAUUUUCCAAGUUCUAAAACAUAUUUAUAAAGUUACUUGAAUGGUUUGGUUCAGAAUUCAUCCAAGAAGUAAAGUGAACAUGUAUAACUUCCUGCACUUGGAAUUAAGAUGGUUAUCUCGAUGCUAUCACACAAAGCACCAUGAAAAACUUGUAUUGAGACAAAUUACAACUUAUUUGUCUAGUUUGACUAGUUCUCUUUCUUCAAAGGACACUAGACCAAAUGGCAGAGAACAUUUAGCAGUAGUUCCAAAAUAUCACUCAACAUGGAUUCAGCCAGAAGGAUUUGACACAGGAAUCAAAGUUUACAAUACUUUGACAAAACAAAAGGAAAAAUUGAUCUUACUUCGCAAAAACAUUGCUACAUGGUACAUUUGUGGGCCCACAGUCUAUGACAGUGCACAUUUGGGACAUGCCAGUACAUAUAUCCAGUUUGACAUCAUCCGUCGUAUUUUGACAAAGAUAUUUGGAAUCCAUGUGAUCCGAGUUAUGAGUAUCACUGAUGUUGAUGACAAAAUCAUAGACAGAGCUAACAAACUGGGAACUGAGAUCAGUGAAGUGUCUAAGAAGUUUGAGUAUGAAUUUUUCCACGAUAUGGCCUUGCUGAAUGUCUUACCACCAACGUAUCCAGCACGAGUCACCGACCACAUGGACAGCAUUAUAAACUGCAUUCAAACUAUCCUACAGAAAGGUUUUGCUUACAAGACCCCUGGUGGAAGCGUUUACUUUAAUGUUGAAGCAUAUCCAGACUAUGGUCAGCUGCGCCAGAAACAGGAAAUAUUUGAAGAAUCAACUCAUGAAGGCAAACAUAGCUCACUGGAUUUUGCUCUAUGGAAAGCCACGAAACAGGGGCCUUCCUGGGAGUCUCCUUGGGGUAAGGGCCGACCAGGAUGGCAUAUUGAAUGUUCUGCCAUGGCAAGCAAAAUCUUUGGUUCCAACUUUGAUUUGCACUCUGGAGGAGAAGACCUUAUUUUUCCACACCAUGAAAAUGAGCUUGCUCAGUCCCAGACAUAUCAUGGAUGCAAACAAUGGUGCAAUUAUUGGCUUCACACAGGUCAUCUCCAUAUUAAAGACCAAGAGAAAAUGUCAAAAUCUCUAAAGAAUGUUGUAUUGAUAUCAGAUCUUCUAAAGACCUACACAGCUAACCAGUUCCGUUUCUUCUGCAUGCUUACUCAUUAUCGCAGAAGAAUUGCUUACCAUAAGGAAUCAAUUGAGAAAGCAUCAAAACUUCUCACCCAGAUUGAAUCCUACCUGCAGAACUCUUCAGCUUAUAUCCUGGGACAGAAGAACUGUAGAAAUAUCAGUGAGUCAGAAAUACUAUCAAAGCUGGAUCAAUUACAGACGUCAGUGGGAGAAGCUUUGUGUGACGACUUUGAUUUACCCAGGACGAUAGCAAGCAUCAUUUCAUUUGUGCAAUUCAUGAACAAUGAACUUACUCCAACACAGGACCCGUCAUCUUCCAGUCGCAGUACUGUUGCUGUUGCAGUUGCAUCUAUGUAUGUUUCUGAAUUACUGCAGAGUUUUGGGAUAAACUUUGGUAAACAAACGCAGGAGACAGAGUCCAGCAGUGAUCUACAACUGUCUCAAGUCAUUAACAGUACAGUGAAAUACAGGAACAAAAUUCGACAGUUUGUUCUAAGCCCUCAUGAAGAUAUAUCGUUUGGCAAAGAUUAUGAAGAUCUCAACAAGAAAGAAAAGAAGAAACUAAAAUUCCAAGCUCUCCAGCCUCUAAUUUCUUCUUCUGAUGAUAUUCGUAAAGAAUUUGCAGCCAUGGAUAUACAAAUAAUUGAUUAUCAAAAUGACUCUUCAUGGAAAAUUGUGACAACGAAAAAGAAAAAAGAAAAUUAAGAAGUUGAACAUUAGAUCUUCAGACAAAAAAAAAAAAUACUCGCAGUGUGGAGUUUAUGACCCUGCACAUUCUGCUGUUCAACUUGGUAUCCAGAUUUUUUUUUUCUACCUUCCUGGUAAAGUACUUGUCAGAUCUUGGAAUUGAUUUAAAUUUUCCUAUAAAGCAUCCUGGAUGUGAAUUGAAUAUUAAUAGAAGUGACAAGACAGAAGAAGAAAUGCAUAAAUUAAAAUAAAAAUUAUAAAAAUACAGGUAAUAUUUUUAAAUGAAACUGUGAUAAUAAGAAAUCAGUGAUAUGAGAGAUUGGCUGGACAUAAAAUAUAUGAAACUUGGCUAAUGUGCAUAAAUCUAGUUAUUUAUUUGAAAGCCUCAUCUGUGAAGAUUGCAGACAAAGUGGAAACCUCUUAUUUUUCUUUUAAAUAAACAGAAAAAUAAUUAAGACUACAUGCACAUGCACACACAUAUACAGACACACACAUCAAUUUCUGGAACCUUCAGUUCCAAGACCUUUCCAGAUUAUUGAUUUUCCCAAACUAAGGGUGGUCAUCUCUAAAUUAAAUAAAUAUUACUGUACCUAUACAUUAGUAUAAAUGAUACAAUUUUAUUAAUACUGUACUGUGCAAGGUACUGUGAAACAGGGCCACACAGUAAAUUUGUCUGGUGGCUGCAGGAAUUUGAAGUUCCUACUCAUAAACUAAUGCAGAUUAUAAGAGGUUCUAGACCACCAGUGUCUGGAAAGUCAGUGUUGUGUGCCUUUGUGUAUAUAUUCAUCUAUAUAUACUUAUGUAUUUGUGUGUGUGUAAUGGUAGCAUAUCAGUGUAUAACUAAUUUGCAUAUUGUACAUUAAUCAGCAACAUGAUUAAUUAGAUAAAAUACGUGUUUAUAUAGGACACAGCAUAAUUUAGAAUACCUAAAAAAAGAAAUUCAACAAUGGAUAGUGAGCUGUAGAUUUUGGAAGAAAUCAUUGGAAUAAAAGAUGUUUUGUUUCAUACAAUUAAUGAUGUUUCUUCAUUAGAAUAUUUUUUCACAAAAAUUCACCACCAAUAAUAAAUAUUGUAAGAAGAAAUAUUUGUAUUUUUAUGAAUAAAAAAAUGUCGAAUUUU